UAUAAUCUAUGUUCUAUGGUCAGGUUCGUGCAAAUAGUCUCAGCAGUCGAGUACUAUUCCAUUGAAAGAGCUAAAGAUAACGUACGUAAAAUAAUACGAAAUUAUAAACAUGUUGAAUUUAAAAAUGGUUUCACGACAAUUUACCAGACUUUUUAGAACUAGCUCUAUAAGACCAAGUCAUGAACCAGAGGGAUUUCCUGGUGCCAAUCUUCCUCUAGAUAUUCAAAACAGGUAUAAAUUAACUGCAAUAUUCAUUCUUUUCUUUGGAAGUGGACUAGCAAUACCAUUUUUGUUGGUUCGUUACCACUUGAAGAAGGAAGUGUAAAAUAUGCAUUGCGAUAUUAACAUUAGCGAGUUAAUUUGAUAUUAUUAUCAAAUAUAUAACAUGUAAAAUAAAUUUAACAA